AAUCUCAUCAUCGGUGCUCUCGCCGGGAUGGUGGCGAGUGCGGUUGUCUUCCCUAUCGACACGGCCAAGACGAGGAUACAGGCGGCGGACGGGGGCACGAGGCUCAACACCUUGCAGACCAUAAAGAAGAUCAUCGACGAGGAAGGCUUUCUCGCGCUGUAUAGCGGGCUGGUGCCGGUGAUGAUCGGUGCGGCCCCGGAGUCUGCAAUCCAACUCUCCAUGUACGAGUUUGUCUUGUCGACGCUGAAGCACGCUCAACACAUCGACGGUGUCUCGUCGGUUCCUGUUCACCUCCAGGCCCUGGCAGGGAGCUUCGCCGGCAUCGCCACUAUCGUCGCGACUAACCCUCUGGAGGUCCUCAAGAUCCGAGCACAGACGAGCAGAGACAAGAAGUCCACCAUGGACCACGUCAGAGAGCUGGGGCUCUCCGGGCUUUACACGGGAUACCAGGCCACGUGGUUGAGGGACAUCCCCUUCGCAACCAUCUACUUCCCCUUGUACUCGAGCGUGAAGUCAUGCAUGAAUGGUGUCUGCACGAGCAGCCUGGCAUCUGCCAUGGUCGCGGGUCUGUUCUCCGGCAUGAUGGCGUCGCUGGUCACGACCCCAGCCGACGUGAUCAAGACAACUGUGCAGUCGUUGCCUUCGAAAGUUGGCUUGGCGGGAGAUGCUACGGGGAGAGAGAAGAUGGACAUCAGGAGCGCUGCUGACCUGGUGCUGCGAUCGAAAGGCAUGAGCGGUUUCUUCUCUGGGGUGGAGGCCCGGUUGGGAAGGAUGGCUCCUGCCAUGUCCAUCAGUCUGUGCGUGUUCGAG